AUGGAGCAAGAAGGCUAUCCAUUCCCCGAAGUCGGAGACGAAUGGUCUGACGAGGAGGUCCUGAUACCCAGGCAUAGACGGAAGGCGCCCUACAUACCACCGCUCAAAUUCGAGAAAGUUACAGCGACAUCGGCCGAGACAUCAUCCGACGAAUCAUCGGCAUUGGGCAGCCCGCAACGACUGAGCGCGACUAUCAGUCCCCUCGUACCGCCCAAAAGCCCAUCGCGACCAGACGCGUCGAGGGGUAACAGCCAAGAUGAUCUCAUACAGCGGUACUACCAAGUCACAAAAGAGCGAGAUGCGCUGAGGAAACAGCUGCAGAGGAGGAGCAUGGGUCCACAUGGGAUGCCUGCAAAACGUUCGAUCGUGUACAAAUCUGAAGAGAACACUUUGAUUGAAGAGCUACUCGCGUUGCGAUAUGAGAUACGAGUAUGGAGUGAGGAGUAUUUCGGCGGACCCAUCAAAGCCACGAGCAAGCGACCAUAUCUCACUAGAGCGAAGGAACUGUUUGGGAACCUCACGGACAACUACCAGACGUAUCUGAAGCACCCAGAGGAACGGCCGCUCCUCAUCCAAGCAUACGUUUGGAUGAAGCUGCAGCAAAAGAUAUUCAACAACUGGCAGAAGGGCAGUGGAUAUGUAUGGGCAGGCAAACUGGGAGACAGGAAGCUGCGCGAGAUUAACGACACAUUGCGCAAGGCUGUUAAGAACGAAGCCCAAGCCGAAGAAUACCACCAAUGGCGAGCCAUGACCGUAAACCUCCUAGUCCCUCAGGUAGAUGGCAAAUGGCGUCCCACUUUCGAUGCCGCGCCCGUCCUAAAACGAAUAUCCCGUUUCUGCAGUCGCAUGCGCCGCAAACUACGGCCCUGGUCCACACAGUCUUUGCGUUCAGGGAAGGAACAACUGGGUACCAUCAUUUCAGCAUCUGUUGCGUUAGAUUUGAAGAUGAAGCGCCAGCUCGCCGACUAUCGCUUCGUUACAUUCACUGGCGGUAAGAAGGAUCAAUACUGGGGCUACGGGUUCUACGACAGUGAAAUGGAGGACGUGUAUGAAGAUGAUGACGAGAACGGCAGUGGUGGAUAUGGCGUCAAUGGCAGCGCAAAGGGCAGGCGAGUAGAAUUGGCACUUGCGCCUGCACUCGAACGAUGCGGUAAUGCUAAUGGACAUGUCUUCGAUCAGAGUUUCAUGAUGGUAAAGGCGGAUGUGAGCUGUAAGAGAUUAGAGAAACCCGAGAAGAAGAAGAAGAAACAGCAGCCUAGGUCAAGAGGCGGCAGUAAGGGCUUUGGGCUGUGGGGCAAGUGA